AUGCCUCUAACUCAAUACGAGCUUCAAUCUCUGGUAUUCAACGCGUCGGAAAACAAAUUGAUUCGUCUCGAUCGGGCUCAACGACGGUCACAGGCAAUGUUUGCGGCGGUGAGUGUGCAAAAUCUUCGAGGACUAGUUUCUCCAAACUUGGAGAAGAACUAGUCUGCCCAUACAUGUAUUUAUUAUUAACAAUAAUUCGAAUCGGUCUGCAGGUUGCUUUCAAAAAAGGCGAAUUCAACAUGCAAUUCGAAAGGGAUCGCAAGCUGACAAGAGACGAAUUUCCGUGCUUUCCAAAGUGUCACUGGAGAAGAAUUCUCGCCGAUCGUGUCAAAUUUUUCUCAAAAUUGUGCCGUGGAUUUCCGCUCGACCAGCUUGGCAAGCAAAUGCCUUUCUUUAGAAGAAAAGAUCGUUUGCUCCAUGAAUUCUAUGACUACAAGUUAGUAAUCUCUUGGAAUUCAAUGAGCAAUUCUCUUUUUAUAGCGUCUCCUUCUCACGUGCGCUUUGGUGCGUCAAAAUGCAAUCGAUAAUGUGUUUCGCCUCGGCGUACAACAAACAGAAGAAGACGCUUCUCGAUGUGGCAACUGCGGAACUCAGCCAGGCGUGCAAGUCCUCGAUCAUCCGUCUUCUCGAUGCUUUUCUAAGAAUCGACGACGACGAAGAGGCCAUUGACGCGUGGAACGAUCAGUGGGGAUACAAGACCGGAUUCAUGAAAUUCAUGUUUAUGGUGAGCUAUCAGGUGAUUAAGAGAAUUGGAACAUUCAUAUUUUCAGGAUGGUGUCCUUGACAAGCAAGAGUUCCUCAACGAUCUCUGCGAUGUGUUCAACUUGUUCUUCCUGGAAAGAGGAGAACUGGAGCCAACGAUUAUGAAGUAAGAGCACUCGAAUCCACUCCAGUUUUUCUAAUUUUAUCACUUUCAGAGCAUUCCUCACAUACUUCUACACGUUUGUGGAAGAAAUAAGUGCCAGCAUGGUUCUGGCUCGGCGGGUAUCAGCGGCAAUAGCCAAGCAAAUCGCGGUCAUGUUCGAAAUUGGUCAGAGAAUACGGAAGCGGAACUACUACUUGAAUGCAAAAGGCGAACUGAGAAGGUGGGUUAUUAUAGAUUUUUUUAAACAAUAAUUUAAUUUCCUUUUUUUGCAGAGUGAUUGAUCCUUCGACAGGAAAGAGAAGGAAAGGCCUGCCGUCGGCAGAUGAAAUUUCUGAUCUGGAGAACAUGGAAAGCCUUCCGCCUAUUCCGUAUUUCCGCAGAGACGUUGAGCUGUUGAACAAAAUUUGUGCGGAAUCCCGCGCUGCUCAUCGCACAGUCCGGAGAGCGGAAAAGGAAAAAGAAGCCGCCGAGAAAGCCGAGAAAGCCGCCAACGGUGAGAACCCGGAGAACGCGGAAGCCUCUACGAGUGGAAAUGACAAAGACACGGAUGGCAAUGCGGAAGAGAAGAAGGAACCGGACUCCUCGGACACAUCCUCAGAUUCGGAAUCUGAACCGGAGAGAGAAGCAGAGGCAGAAGGAGAUGCAAAUGCGGACCGUGACGCGGAAAAUGAGAAAAUGGACACAGAUGAAGCGCCUGAAAAAAUCAAUGCCGAUCUACUCAAAGUGGCGCCGCUUCUCACCAGAAUAAAGCGAGAGCCAGCGGACACGUACUCGUCGUACCUCACCUCGGACCGUUUCCGUCCGUGGCUUGUCAAAACGGAGCCCAUGGAUGAUUCGUACGAGAAUUCUCCUCCGACAGAAGAGGCAACUCCAUCGCCAAGGAGCCCUACACCAUCACUCAGGAGGAGUCCACCCACAUACACUCCAAUGCAAGCGAAGGUGGAAAGUGGAUCGGCAAGACGCCAUUCUGUUGAUGGAGAUGCCCGUGAUUGGAACGAUCUGGAAUCGUCGCGUUCUUCCUCUCCGUCUUGGAUCAUGCAGUCAUCAACGAAUUCGUCGACCGUCUCGCCAACUUCAUCGAUCUACUCGUCCCGAUCCAACUCACCAGUGUCGGAGCCUGAUAAGCCGGAGCCUGUCUUCGAACCAGUGAAUUUCCAUCCUAAAAUCGAGAAGCGCUACGGCUACAUGGGCUUCAAUCGUCCGCCUCCAGUCGAACGCAUCGGUGGACGGUACCACGAUCAGACGUAUCCGUUCUGGGAAGCUGGCGGUGGAAUUGCUGCCGAUCCGAACUACAACGAGACGCAGAACUUUGAGAAUCCAGCGCCACCAGCGCCACCCGUAGAUGCUGCACAACCGCCUGCUAUUUCGAUGGAAGUCGACACCACGCCAAGCAGCACUCCAGAACUUGACUCUCAGAAAGAAAAAGAGAAGGACAAGGACAAGGACAAAGAGAAAGAGAAGGAGAAGUCGAAGGACAAAGAGGUGGAGAAAGAGAAAGAAAAGUCGAAGGAGAAAGAACCGGAGAAGGAAAAGGAGAAAGCUGAGGAUGAGGACAAGGAAAAGUCCAAAGAGAAGGAGAAGCCAAAGGAAAAAGAAUCGGAAAAGAAAAAAGAGAAGGAGAAGGAAAAGGCCAAAGAUGAGGACAAGCCAAAAGCGAACGAGCCGGAGAAAGAGAAGGACAAGCCGAAAGAGAAAGAGCCGGAGAAGGAAAAGCCCAACGAUGAUGACAAGGCUCUGGAUAAGGAAAAGGAGAAGGUCAAAGUGGAUGGCAAGGAGAAGCCGAAGGAGAAAAUUGACGAAAAAGAUAAGGACAAGGAGAAGGAGAAAGACAAGGAGGACGGCAAAGAGAAAACCAAGGAGAAGGAGAAAGAUAAGGAAACCGACAAGGAGAAGGAAAAAGAGAAAGACGGCGAGAAGGAUAAGGAGAAGGACAAGGAUAAAGGAAAAGAAAAAGAGAAGAACAAGGACAAGGAAAAAGAGGAGGAAAAGGAAGAACCACGUGUUCCAACGCCGCCAAACCAUUGUAACCCGAACAGCAGCCAGUAUCACCCGAGCAACCUGAUGAUUCCGUUGUGUGCAGAAGCUGAGAAGAAGUUCAAACCAGUCUAUAGUAAAGCAGUCAAAGAACGAAUGAUACGGGAGAAGAAAGAGGAAUCCUCGUCGAUCGAGAAGAGGACGGAAACCUACUACAGCUUUCUGAAACGGAAGUGCGCCGAUCCAUACUUUCGAGAUCUUGGAAGAAAGUUUUUGCGAGGAGAAGAACUGCCGAAACCUGCUCCCCGAGUCAUUAAAACCCCGCCUCCGCCUGCUCCGCUGCCGUCUCCUCCGACCGGACCAGUCCUUGUCCCCGCGUUUGCACUUGACGCGAUUCCAUUGGAUGAGCCAUUCGCUCUCACCUACGAUCCAACCAUCCCUCCUCGACUUCCGUCUCCGACGCCCGAAGUACGACCUCCUCCAGUUUUCAUUCCACCCUUCACGCUCGAUGAUAGCGACCUCUCGAUGGGUCCGAUGACUGCAAUGCCUCCAAUGAGUCCACUUUCUCCUCUGGAAUCAACAGGAUCAACGGCCCCGUCAGUGACUCCAAUGCGUCCGAUAAAUCCGCCGACUCCGAGGCCACAAAUGGGUCCGAUGAGUUCGAAUAGUCCGAUGAGAUCAAUGCUUUCGAUGCCUCCUAUGCUUCGGAUGCCUCCGUUGGCCACAAUGCCUUCUUUGAGUUCUCUGGGCCCUCCCAUCGGCCCACCAAUAUGCCCACCGAUAGGAUCUCCACUGAACUUGAUGACUUCAAUGAAUUCGAUGAGUUCAUUGGGGCCAAUGGGACUAAUGGGACCAAUCGGUGGAAUCGGUCCAAUGUUCGAUGUCAAUUUUCCGGACGCAUACGACACGUUUGGCCCUCUGGAUAUGUCAUAUUUGGGACCGAUGGACUUUACGCAACCUCUUCUGCAGACACCUGCUGGCAUUCCUCUUCCGGGAGCUCCCGAGAACCCCAUCACAGCAGUGGCACCAAUGGAGCCAAUGGAAACUGACGAAACUCCGGCGGAUGCACCAAAGGAAGCAACCGCAAGCACUUCGGAAGAAGCUUCAGCGGAGCCAAUGGAAGUCGACCAACAGCAUGCUGCUGGGCCUGCCGAUACUUCAACCGUCACGCCUGACGAGAAGCCUGUUGAGAAAGAUUCUGAAGAAAAGUCUGAGAAUACGCCUUCCGAAAAGCCUGCUGAUGAAUCGGAUGACAAACCUGAGGAAGGAAAGAAAGAAGACGGCAAGGAAGAUGGAGAGAAGGUAAAAGAGAAAGCGGAGGAAGAGGACAACGACAUCAUCUUCAUUGAGCCGUCUCCAAAACUGAAGGUAGACGACGAUCCAUCGGACUGCGUGGUGAUUGCUGAAAAGAAAGCUGGCGAUAAGGACAAAGAGAAGGACCAGGAGAAAGAGAAGGAGAACGCAGAUGAGGAUAAAAAAGAUGAAGAGAAGAAAGAUGAAGAAGAAAAAACUGGUGACAAGGAGCCAAAUACCGAAGAUAAAACCGAAACCGAGCCCGAGCCGAUUGUCCUUCCGCCACCGCCACCAACAAUUAUCCCAGAACCACCGAGAGUGUACACAGCGGAAGAACUGGAAGAGAUGAGGAAGCAAGAGAAGGAGAAGUACCUGGACAACUUGGACAAGCGGUUCAGAGUCUCGGACACUCAUCCGGGCUUCAAAAUCUUCUACGAAUGCCCCGACCACCUCGACUCGAUUAUGCUCCUCUCGGGCAUGCUUCAGCACCUGGUGUCAGUUGUGCCGGAGGCGUUUGUUUGGAAUGAUUUAGCGGUGAGCAAAUGAAAAUAUUUACUUUUCCGAGAUUUAAAUGUCAAUUUAUUCCAGUUCCGCAGCCGAUCCAGAAGCAAAAUCAUGAUCCAGUUGUGCGGUUCUCCUCUCGAUUUCCUGCCGUGCAAUGUCUUCGAGCUACCAACGUUGCCAAGUAAGUAAUUGCAGGAAGAGUGAAAAUAAUUGAAGAGGGGGAGGUUGCACAACAGCGCAGAAAGUCGAAUUAACUGUGCGCCUGGUGCAAGUGCGCUCUAACGCUAACUCAAACAUUUUCUUUAAAAAUGUAUCAUAUGUUUCAGAUUUUGAACGUGAAACGAAUGACAUUCUGAGAAUUCGUCACAAGGAAAUUUGUCGGAGGAGCAAAUCGAUCGAAGAGAAAUGGCUUCCAACCAAUGCGGACGUGUUGAAGUACGGAAGAAUCAUUGACACGUGCGUUGACGUCAUCGGCAUCAUGGAUAAUAUUGAUGUGGAGAGAGCGAGCUCUAUUGAGAAUGCGGCGAAACGAUUGUUCAAAUUCAGACCGAAAUUUCAGUACGAAGAAGCUCUUUUGAGGUGAGUCAAUAAUAGGACAACAAAUUAUGCAUUCUUUUAUUAUCUUCAGAACCCGGCUCAUGUUCAAAUGGUGCAUCACUGAAGAGCGUGAAGGAUCGUUCCGUGCCGCGUACGUCGCCAAACUUCUCCGGUUCGGUAUGGAUCAGAACCAGAAUCGUAGAAUCGGCGGCUGGAGAGUCAUGGAUCUGCUGUUCAACUUUAUGUCCACCGAGGGGCCGAAAUACGGCUCAAAGAUGUAUCAAGACCACUUCGACGCCACUGUUUCCAUCAUGAUUGAGAUGCUCCGCGAGAAGAUCUUCUGUAUCAACGACAUUUUGAAGGCGUUGGAGAAGGACGAUGAACUCAACUUCUACGCACCACUCAUGUGCAGGCAGCGGAAGCAGAAGAUGCCGAAGCGGCCCAAGGGCAAGCCGCCGGUUCAUGAUGAGCGGAAGUUGAUCUACUUUGAAGAGAAGACCACUCCGAAACGAUUGUUCAUGGGAAAGAAGAUGGAUUUGUUCGAGCGAAUGAUCAUUAUUCUUCCACAGUUGGACGUUGGAUGGGAUUCCGACGAGUACAGAAUCCGCCGACUCCUUCUAUUUGGCCUCCAUCCAGCUGGAAACGUGUUCUUCCGAAGAGCUCGCAACAUCUACCGGACCAUAUCCAAUGAGCUCGAAGGCAAGCUGUGGGUUGAGUUUGACCGUGCGACACGUGUCACAACUGUUCACAAGAAAGUUAAUCAAGUCCGGCUCGACGACCAACUCCGCCAGUUCCGUGCUCAAACCUACCAUGAUCAGCAUUUGAUUGUCCAACGGAUCGCUUUCUCGUUUAUCGAUGCAAUCGCCUCGUUCCUAAACAAGGAUCACGAUAAAGUGGUGGCUCCGGAGGUGAGCAACAUCAUCUGCGAAUUGUUCGAGUACGCCCAAGACAUCACGUCGAUCUUCGACUUUUUCGAACAAGUCACCCCGUACCUGAAGGGCAUCGAUGACAAGAUCAAUCAUUUCCGGAUGGAUGUGAUUCCGGCGAUGUAUUGCACCGAAGUCACGUUCAUCUUCGUCUCGUUCUUCAUGAAACACUGGCAGCGAUUCUUGUUGCAUCCACGCGCUGUGAAUAUUGUCAAUCAAUGCUACUACCUGGUGGAGGACAUGAUUCGUGGAGUGGACAAUGUGAUCACCGGAUGGGGACGGACCAUUGCUCUCUUUGCAUACCACGCGAAGAAAGCCAUAAUCAAAGCUGGACUUUUGAAAGACGGUCAAACGUUAGUCGGUGAGGACAGCCACUUCUGGAGAGUCUUCCCGAACACGCAGCACACGGAUCUCGAUGUCAGCCACUUCAACGCUGAGUUCGCAACGAACAAACUGACCCUCCGUGGAGGAGCUCUUCGAUACGACUCGUUCAACGAUUUCAAAUGGAUUGUGUCGAGUUUGAAACCGAAUCUACGGAAGAGGCCGUAUCUUAGGAGACCGAACACUAGGUACUCCUUCGUGAUCCGCGCGUUCAUCGAAGCUCGUAACCACGGUCGACACUUUGAUCGCAUCAACGAGUUGUCCAACUACUGUGCGAGCGUGACAGCAAACGAUCCGCCGCUCUCGGAAUACUGGAUUGGAGCGAUCAAGGGACUGUGCUUCCUGAGUAUGGAGGGUCCGUAUCCGUUCAAGGAGAUGUCGCCCGACAUUGAUGUGAGUUUAGAUGCCGAGAAUCAUAGUUCGCGAACCUCAAAUGUAUGUUUUCAGAUUUCGGAUUGUACCACUCACUACUCGCUCUGCACCUUCAUCACUUGCCUGGCCGGUAAAGCUGCUUUCUACGUGCCACGGCUUCUUGCCGAGCUCACCAAGCACGUUUUCCCGUUGAUGCUUCGACAUGAUGGCCGUCUAAGCUCACUGCGAACGAAAGAAGUGAAGCGGAAGGUCGCGUCAAAAACCACCGAAUGCCGAACAGUCAGUGAAGCCGAGCCGGGAGUCUGUCUGUGUCUCAUGAUCAUCUGCCGACUUUGCUGCGUGGGCGACGAGCCAUUCGGACUGUCAAUUCACUACAAGGGAAUUGAGAAGAAGCGGAAACGAUUCGGCAACACGGCUGAUGAGAGGAUCAUGCACUUGUUCCACUGGUUCGAAAUGGACGGCGCAAUGUUCAAAACUCUCGGCCACAUUGCUCAACUCCUCGAGGCUCUUCGCUCCAGACACAAGGACGCCAACUUCCUCUUUCCGAAGCUCUUCAGAGGAUUGGAUCCGAAAAAGGAGAAGGAAAUGAUGGAAGCUCAGAAAGAAUUCCGCAAGUAUCCCGCCUACUAUCGCCCACAAUUCCUGUUCAACAUUGCGAAAACCGUGCAGUUUGUGAUUUGCGAGCAAGACUGGGUCACUCUUCGGAUGUUCCGCUUCUUCAAAAACCGCAAAAUGGAGAUAUUCAAUCAAGACAAGUUGAAGCAAAACUGUCUGGGACAGCAGAUUCUGAGAAUGGCUCUUCGUCGGCGAACCGAACGGGAUAAUGUGGAGAAAAUUUUCGAAGCGCAUGCCAUCUCCAAGAAGGCGACAGUCGACAGAGUUCUCUCUUUCAUGAAUCUGUGGAACUUCCGUGCGACCCUCUUCGAUCUGAUGCUGAUGAUCAAGGAGAUCUCUCCGGACGGGAACACCCGACACGCACAACAAGGAGCCAUUGCCGCUGAUGCUCUUCUCCGUGAAAUUGGCCGAUGUUGCAGGGACAUGUUCAUUUUCGCAUACAAGGACAAGACCAAAAUGCCGGUUGUGAAGUCGCUCAUGGAGUUCCGAUUCUCGGACAUCAACAAGUACUGGCUGAUUGCUCCGCUCGUUCGGAUGUGUCCGAAACCAAUCAAUAUUCCUCCACAGUACGCGAACACGACGGUCGAAACGGUUGCGGCCAAGUUCCUGAAGGAAGCCGCGUCUCUGAUGGAAACGAAAGCGAAUGCACCAAAAGAACGCUUGUUGCAAAGUGCGUGGGCGAUGUCACGUCUUCCGUUCAUCAACAUGAUUCUGACGUGUCUCCGAUGCGAGAAGAAGCAGCAAAGCAAGGACAUCUUCCUGCAAGCACUCUACGGUCAACUGCAACGGGAGACGCUCCGCGAGCACAACAAGCGGACCUUGUGGACAUUCCGCAAAGAGCACUUGGAAUGUGCCAAUCUCCGAAUGAACAUUCUCACCUACAUAUUCAAAGAGAUCCUGAAGCCGACACAUGUGGAAGCAUGGGGACUGCUGCUCUUCCAAUUGAUGUAUCAUGGAAUUUACAACGAGGACCGCGAGAAGCUCAUCUACGACACGUGUUUUGACAUGCUUCAGUACAUGAUGCUCUGGACGCUGGUUGAAUGUGAAUCUUUGACGCAUUAUGAUCGUCAUGGCUCAAUCAGAAUUCGGUACCCUCAAUACGCCGGUCUCAUGAAGAAAAUCCGAAAAGAAACAACCGAACGAUUCACCGAUCCAUCUCGGGAGAACCUUCAUCGCUUCCUUCCGAUUGGAAAGUGCUUCACCCCGACGGUCGCCUUCAAGAAGUAUUCGCCGAAACCUCCGAAGAAAGCUUCAAGACACUGGAAGUCCAAGGAAGUCAUUUCUGGUCUCAGACACGGAAAGUUUGCGUUGUUGCCGGAGGAAAAGGCCAAGUCGAAUCCGUUCGACAGUAUGCCUGGAGUAGUGACGGACGGCAUCAUCAAAGGAGGAUGGAAGUUCCACUGGUUCCAAUCGGUUCGACUCGAGAAAAUUGGCAAGAUUGUGCAAAGCAAUCUGAGACUUGUCGCCCCACACCUUCACCCCUCCGAAUUCCACAGACCUCAAUUGAUUAUGUCUGAAAACGUAUUCGACGACAUUUAUCUGCUUCCACCCGAAAUCGAGGUCACCGGAGUCAUUGAGACGCCCGACAUGGCACCUGACGAGGAGAAGGAAAAGGAGAAAGAGAAGGGAAAGACUAGCGAGGAGAAGACUGCCGAGAAGAAGGAUGAGGAGAAAAAAGAGGAGACUGCCGAAAAGAAGACUGACGAGGAGAAGAAGAAGGAUGGCGAAAAGGAAUCGGAAGUGACAGCGGAGAAUCAGGACAAGGAGAAGGAAGGCGACAAAGAUAAGGAUAAGGAAAAGGCUAAGGAUGGCGACAAGAAAGAGGAUGAUGCCAUUAAGAAGGAAGGCGAACCUGAAAAGGAGAAGCCAGCAAGUGAAGCGGGUCCGGUUGCUGCAACCACUACUCCAGAAGAUAACAAGGAGACGGAAACUCCUCCUCAUGCUCAAAAACGUUAGUUUUAUUCCUGGUACAUUUUUCUCUAAAACCAAUCGAUAUUUUUCAGCAGGUCCAGUUGCACGCUCUUCUCCGGCAACUCGUGGAAGAGGUGGCCGCAAACGCAAUUCGGGAACUCGUGGAGGACCAAGAGCCAAACGGACCAACUCGCGCGCAGACGCUGCUCAGGCAGCUGCUGGAACGGGAUGGAACGCAUCGGGAGUCGGUGGCAGUGGUGGUAACAGCGGUGGAAAUUAUCACGCAGCCAUGAGGGCUAACCAACCGCCGAUGAGCAACGGAUCGAGUGAUGAGACGAAGGCGAACAUUCGCAACUUGUUGAAUCGCAAGCAGGAGAAGCGCAAUAGCACUAGUACGUCAAUGGUUUUUUUCUGAAAGGGGAUUUGCAAUAUUUUUGUUUUUGUCGAACCGAAUCAUCUAAGCCCAGGCAGCAUAGGAAGGGAGGGAGGGGAGGUAAUGGAGAAGGGGGACAGACAGAUAGACUUGCCCGAUAAAUCUUGUCAUUUUGUCGUCGGACAAAUGCGAAUACGAUAAUGUUGUAGACGGAAUGCACCUCAAAAAAACUGUUCUCCCUUUUGCUGUCUGCUGUCUGCUAUCUGCCCACCCACCAUUUCUUCUCACUAGAAGGUUUUAUUAUUCCGUUUGCCUCCUCCCUUCUCUCUACAUCAAAUCUUCUCCCCCCUCUAUUCUCAAUUUUAUUCCAAAACGGGUUUCUGUCUCUCUUCCUCUCUCGUGGUUAUUCACUAUUAUUUGUGGAUCUAUCUGAUUUCUAGUUCUAGUUCUAUCAGCAGAAUACCUAAUUAUGAAACGCAAUCGUGAUGAGACUGACUCGCCUGCAAAUGGGGUGGCAAGCAAGAAGAGCCGUUCUCCAGAGUCAAAUGGUGUAAAACAUGGGGUUCUUGUCUAAAAAUUGUCAAUUUUUGUGUUUUCAGAUGCUGCCGCCGCCGCCGCUGCAGCUGCAGCUGUCUCCGGACCUGGAGGACCUACCGUUCCUGGUAUGCAGAUGCCGCCGGGACCACCGAUGCCCGGAGUUGGAGCUCCGUCCGCGAAUAUCCAAUCAAUGUCCGGAUUGCCUCCUAUUCGACCUCCAAACACAAUGAUGCAGCAGCAGAAUCUACAAAUGUCCGGACUCAACAUGAAUCCGAUGGGCUCGUCCAUGAACAUGGGAAUGCCUGGUAUGCCACCCGGCAUGCCGCCAGGAAUGCCCGGAAUGCCCGGAAUGCCAACCGGAAUGCCUGGAAUGCCUGGAAUGCCACCCGGAAUGCCGCCGCCACCUCAACAGGCUCCGCCACCAUACUCUUCUAGUUCCAGCAGCUCUCUGAACAGUACGUUUCCUUUUGCAAAUAUUAUUUUUCAAGCUUAAUCCAGUUUUUGUUUCAGUGUACGCCAACCAGCCACAAUUCGCCGCUCCAAACCCAGGCCCGCUCAACAGACCGUCUGUUUCUGUGACGAGCGCCAUUAGCGCAGCUGACCGCAAGCAAAUUAUGGAGCAACAAAUGCACGAGAAGCUGGCUCAGCAGCAUGCACUAAUGGAGCAACAGAAAGCGAGAAGUGAGAUGCGAGAACGCGAGGCUCGUGAGCACGCAGAACGUCAGCAGAGGAUGCGUGAGGAGCAGGCGAGAAUUCAGCGAGAGCAAGAGGAAGCCAGACUCCGGCAGCAGCAGGAGGAAGCUCGACGACUGGAAGAAGCGAGGCAACAAGAACGACUCCGGCUGGAACGAGAAGAACAAGCUCGCCUUCAACGGGAACGUGAGGAGGCCCAGCGGCUGCAGAAGGAAAGAGAACUGAGGGAGCAAAGAGAACGCGAGGAGAAAUUGCGACGUGAACGAGAAGAGCAGAUGCGACGAGAACGUGAAGAACAACUUCGACGCGAACGCGAGGAAGCUCUACUCAGGGAACGACUGCAAAGAGAGCGAGAAGAACAAGCUCGUCGUGAAGAAGCUGCCCGACGUGAACGUGAAGAGCAAUUGCGACGUGAGCAGGAGGAGCGGGAACGAGUUAGGCGAGAACAGGAGGAAAGGGCUCGACGAGAGCAGGAAGAAAGGGCUCGACGGGAGCAGGAAGAAGCCGCACGUCUCCGAGCGGAACGCGAACGUGAAGAAGCUGCCAAGGCUGCCAGGGAAGCGCAGCAACAGCAGGAGAUGGCACGUCAGCGGAUGUUGGAACAGCAACAGCGGAUGAACAAUUCGUACAUGAACCAGCAGCCGCCGGCCUACGGACAACAGCCGCAAGGUCAACCGCCCAGCUAUCAGCAAGGAUCCUAUCAGAACCCAGCCGCUGGAUAUCAAGGUCAACAACCUCCGCCGAACCAACAACCUCCGAGUUACCAGCAACCGAGCCACGGACUCCAACAACAACCCGGACAGCAGCAACAGCCUCCUGCCUACCAGCAGAACAGUCAAAUGCAGAUGAACAUUCAACAACAGCAGCAAGCCGCCAGACAGCAAGCUCAAGCCCAACAACAGCAGCAGCAGUUUGGUGGACAGCUACCGGCAGGAAUGAAUCAGCAACGACAGCAAGAGUUUGCCGCGUAUGGUCAGCCGGUCGGGCAAGGACAAGCCGGACCAGCCGCGCAGUUUGGUCAACAGCAGAGACCCAUGUUCCCUGGACAGCCGGGCAUGCAAGGACAGCCGGGAGCGCCUAAUGUUCCGAAGAUGCUGGUGCACGCUGAGCCGAACAAGGCUCACCAGGCGCAGUAUCAGAUGGCUCAGAACCAAGCACAGAAAGAACAACUUGAAAGGACUCAACGGUAUUUCGAUAAUCAGACGUCAAAACUGCAACAACCAAACGCUCCAACCAAUCCUGCCCAACAACAGCCACCACGAUUUGGAGAUGCGACUGCCGGAAAUGCCUCAGCGUUUGGACGCAACCCAUUCGGACAGCAGCCAACUGGUGCUCCUGGUAAGCUACAUUUUCAGGUGUACAGAAUCCAUACAAUCUAUACAUAGAUAUUGCAGGUCAGUCGCAAAUGCAAGCCAAGGCAGCAGCUUCUCGUCAUGUUCCGGGACAACCUGCCAGCAAUCCAAUGGGCAACAUGCAAGGCUACCAACCACCGGUCUUGGGUCAACCUGGACCAAUGCAACCUGGAGGAGGACCGGCUCAAAGUGCUCAACAACAGCAACAACAGCCUUCCGCGCAGCCAGGAGCUCAGCAGCCGUAUGGUAGCGGCCGGCCAACGAUGCCAACUCAAAGCGAACUUGCAUUGAGAAUGGGCGAACGGACAGCUUCGAGUGGCAUGAAUCCAAUGGCUAAUCGGAUGAACCCGCCCCCUCAGCAACCGUACCGACCUGGUCAAGACCCAGCCAACUAUCAGGCACAGCAGCAAGCUCAAGCUCAAGCUCAGGCAGCAUACCGAGGUGGAAUGGAUCCGCAGAAGCCAGGGCAGUUCCCAACCACAAGCUCGGGACACGGACUCUCAGCGCAACAACAACCACUCGGACAUCAACAAGGUCAGCAGCAACAGGGUCAGAAUCUUCCUUCUGCUCAAUUUGGGCGUCAGACUCAAGAGCCGGGCUAUCAGCAAUCAUACCAACAGGGUGGUCAAUCUGGGCAUCAGGGUGGUCAUCAAGCUGGCGGCUAUGCUUCACGUCAGGACCAACAAAUGGCUCAUCAGCAGCAACCAUCUCAGCAGCAAUCACACAACCAAUAUUCAGGCAUGAACCAGCAGCAGAAUCAGAUGCGACAAUCGAUGCCUCAACAACAGCAACCGGGCCAGCCGAUGCAGCAGCAACAACCAGGACAGCCUGGGCAGAUGGGCGGCCAGUUCGGAAGGAGUGCCCAGGAAGAGCAAUAUCGUCAAGCGCAACAGGCUGCCGCGCAGGCUAAGGCUCAACAAGCUCAAGCUCAAGCCCAGGCUCAAGAGCAAGCCCGGGCCCAGGAGCAAGCCCGAGCAACGGCGCAAGCGCAAGAGCAAGCAAGAGCGCAAGCGCAAGCCGCUGCUCAAACUCAAGAACAAGCCCGAGUUCAAGCUCAAGCUCAGGCUCAAGCUCAGGCUCAAGCCCAGUCCGGCUACGGACAACAAAGUGGAUUCGGCGGACAACAACAAGGAUACGGCCAACCGGGACAGUCUCAAGCUCAACAAGCUCAGCAGCCGUUUGGACAGCAACCGCAGCAGGCGAACCGAUUCGGCGCAAUGGGUGGAUAUGGUGCCAGCAGUAGAGGAGGACCCUCUAACAUUUUGGCUCAAUCAAUGGAGGAGUCUGGUCUGAAUAUGCCGGGAACUCACGGAAUGAAGCCUAAUGGUAAUUGAAAUGUUUCUGUCUGUAUCCAACUUUAUUUUCAGUGCCAAGCCAGCAAGGUGGUUUUGACCGUCACACAAUGCACAUGUCUCAAGCGCAGCAGCAGCAGCACAUGGCCCAACAGCAAAGUGCUCAGCAGCAGCGGAUGGGACAACCUGGAAUGGCUGGAAUGAGUGCCCAACAACAAGCGCAGUCCGGAAUGCCACGUCCUGGAAUGGGAAUGGGAAAGCCCGGAGCACAACAGCAGCAGGCGCAGGCACAAGCUCAGGCACAGGCUCAGGCCCAGCAACAGCAGCAACAUCAACAUCGUGGAAUGAUGGGAGCUGGCGGCGGUGCUCAGUUGCCACCGUACUCGGCGAUGGGUCAGCAACAGCCGGGACAAGCGGCGCAGGACCAGUAUCGUGGAAUGCAGCAGGCGGCGCACCAAUCUGCCGCGCAGAAUCGGAUGGGAAUGAACCCGCAAGCUGGAGCUCAGCCGCAUCCGAGCGGAUACGGUGCUCACAUGCAAUCUGGUGGAAUGCAGUUGCCACCUUUGCAACAACGUGGACAAGGACCGCAAGCUCAUGGAAUGGGUGGUCACGCCAACAUGCAACAACAACAGCCUGGAGCCAACCAGUACUAUCAACAGCAACAACAACAACAACAGCAAGCUGACCCAAGGUAAAUCAAAUCAAAAAUUAAUGACUUGUUACUAAUAUAACUUCUUUUUUUCCAGAAUGCAACAACAGCAACAGCAGCAAGGCCAGCAAGCACAACAACAGCAGCAACAGCAUGGAUACGGUAUGGGACAGUACCCCAACCAACAACAACAUCCAUACUAA